UCGGUUUUUUUUUUAAACUCUCCAUAUUUUUUAUUUACCAUAUUUAUUUAUUUAUUUGAUUUUCGGGAGCAGGAGCUGAGUGUGAUGGCGUCAGGAUCAUGUAAGAGCUGAUCUGGCUCGCGAGGACAGCAGAAGCCUUACAGUCCAGAGAUAAUAUACACCUAGAGCAGAGGAGCACAAUAGGAAAGAGCGAACAAAAGGCACGUUUAUCCGUUUAUGCCGUUUUCUCUUUCAGUUCAGCCGAGCGUUUGGGAAUCAUACGCGCCUGGAACGUCGGCCCUCUGAAUCGCGGACGAGCGUUUUCCAGACGCACAAGCGAUCUGAAGAGCCCCGUGAUUUUAAUUUUUGAAGAGCCUCGGAGACGCAGAAGCUGGAAUCGUCGCGUCUCGAUGGGCUGCGGUGGAUGUGAUGAUAAUGAUGGCAGCUUAAGCGAGUCACUCGUGUAAACCUGUGAAAGGAGCCUGAUAGGAGCAGGAAAGUCGAGCGGAGAAACAAGGAAGCGAUCUCUCUCUCUCUCUCUCUCUCUCUCUCUCUCUCUCAUUGUGUCCAUCUAUCGCAAGAAAACAUCAAUCUAAUGCUCGAUCUAGGAGUAUGCGACUCCACGCGAGCAGUUGAAUGCAGAGGGGAUGUCUGGCAGUAAGGCGCUGGGCGGCGCGCGGCGGCGGCGGACACGGUGCCGGCGCUGUCAGGCGUGUAUGCGGACCGAGUGCGGCGAGUGCCACUUCUGCAAGGACAUGAAGAAGUUCGGCGGCCCGGGGCGCAUGAAGCAGUCCUGUCUGCUCCGGCAGUGCACUGCGCCGGUUCUGCCUCACACAGCCGUGUGCUUCGCCUGCGGAGAGGCGGGGAAGGAGGACACGGUGGAGUCGGAGGAGGAGAAGUUCAGCCUCUCGCUCAUGGAGUGCACCAUCUGUAACGAGAUCAUCCACCCCAGCUGCCUUAAGAUGGGCAAGUCUGAAGGCAUCAUUAAUGAUGAGAUCCCUAACUGCUGGGAAUGUCCCAAGUGCCACAAGGAGGGGAAGACCAGCAAGGAUCAAGGAGAUGGUUCAGGAAAGAGGCGCAUGGACAAUGGCGAGGUGAGCCGCUGGAAGCUGACGGACGAGCCGCCGCCGAAUAAGAAGAAGAGCCUGUCUCUGGAGGACUCGUCCCGGCCGGACGGAGCCAAGCGCAAGAAGGACAAGGAGCUGCCCCAGGAGAGCGCUUCCAAGAAGAAGAUCAAAGGAGCCCGUGAUAAACACCUGAAGAAGAAAGCCAAACCCAACUCGUCGGACUCUUCUGAGGCAAACGGGCCAAACUCGUCGGCAGGUGGUGGACACGGCUCUGGGGCAGCGCAGGCCUCGACGCCGAGCCAGGACCAGCGCUCACACCACCGUGAGAAACUGGAGCGCUUCAAACGCAUGUGCCAGCUGCUGGAGCGAGUGCGCGACUCCAGCUCCUCGUCCUCAUCCAGCUCCGAAACAGACUCAGAGUCAGACUCGGACUCUCCGUCCCCAGCAGGGGGCGCCUCAGAGCCAUCGUCCCCGGCGUACCGCGAGCGCGAGCGGAGCCGGCGCCUAGCCGAGCUGGGCUUUAGCGCCAGCGAGGAGUCAGAGGGUGACAGCGUGGUGGUGCAGGAGCAGGAGACGGAGGACGAGCCUCAGACGCAGAGGCGACGUGGAGACACCAGCACCCGGCCGAGAAAGACCCUCGCUGACGCCGAGCCAGAUGAGGACGAGGACGACCGUGCUCACAGAGCCCUGGCCCCUUCUUCACCGCUCUCGGCCACACAGCCGCCCAGCUACGGACACUUAGGAGGCCCUGAGGGCCUGUCUUCAUCCAAGCGCACUAAUGGACAGGAUGCACGUAACGGCCGCACACGGGUGAGCGGCAGAGAGCUGCAGGAGAAAGAGAACUCUAACAGCAGCACCGUCUCCAACCACCGGCACACAGCCGGAAAGGCCGCCCGCGGGAGCAGGGUGCGUGGAGCAGGCAGGCAGGGCCAGAGCGGCCCCUGGAGCAAGAGCUCGGCCACAGGUGGGUCUGGGGCGGCUAACGGCAGCCCUCACCCGGGAAGCGUGUCUCUGGCCCCGCCACGUUCACAGCUGCUGAAGAGGAGCGCUGUGGCCGUGCCCUCUCCUCCCCGGCCCCUGCAGAUGGAGCGGCACCUGGUGCGACCGCCACCGGCCUGCCCCGAGCCCCACUGCCUGCCGCUGGACAGCGGGGUCUCGCAUGUGCUGCCCCGGGAUGUCUGGCUCAGAGUCUUCCAGCACCUCAGUCAGCGGCAGCUGUGCGUCUGCAUGAGGGUGUGUCGCACCUGGAGCCGCUGGUGCUGUGAUAAGAGGUUAUGGACUCAGAUCGAUCUGAGCCGCCAGCGCUCCAUAACUCCUCCCAUGCUGAGCAGUAUAAUCCGCCGCCAGCCUGUCUCUCUCAACCUGGGCUACACCAACAUCUCCAAGAAGCAGCUCAUGUGGCUCAUUAACCGUCUGCAAGGGCUGCUGGAGCUGAACGUGGCGGGCUGCUCGUGGUCCUCGGUGUCUGCGCUCUGUCAGUCCGUCUGUCCCUGUCUGCGUCUGCUGGACCUCAGUUGGGUGGAGGAUCUGAAGGACUCGCACCUAAGAGAGCUGCUGGCCCCGCCGAGCAACGACACACGCUCAGCUCACGGGGAGAACCGCGGCGGACGCUUCCAGAACGUGAGUGAGUUACGCCUGGCGGGCCUGGAGGUGACCGACGCCGUGUCGCGCCUGCUCGUACGCUAUCUUCCUCACCUGACCAAGCUGGACCUCAGUCAGUGCUGCCACAUCACAGACCAGACCGUCCACACGCUGACCUCAGCCAUAUCCCCACUGCGAGAGAGCCUCACACAUGUCAGCCUAGCAGGCUGCGUGAAGGUGACGGAGCAGUGUCUGCCGCUGCUGCGCCGGUGCGCCUCGUUACAGAGCGUGGACUUGCGCUCCUGCGGCCUUCUGGCUCCAGACGUCUGCCAGCUGCACUGCUUCCCCUCGGCCGAAGACAGACUGCUGCUCAAAAACAGCUAGACCGGCCUGGAUGCACCACAGGACACCACGGACACACUGCUGUUUUUCUUUUCUUUUUUUAUUUCUGGAUCAACUGUUUGUGAAUGGAGAAAUCGAGUCCACAUAGAUAUUCCGUACCAGUGCUGAGUGUGUGUACAGAUUAGUAGUUUGCUGUAAUGACCCCUCCUGACCCCGGCGCCGUUCCUGUCCUGUCGUGCGGAGAACACUGGCUCUGUCCCGAUGCAGAAUGUAUCCUACUGUGGAGAGCUCGUCUCAAACACAGCCAUGUUAGUGUGCUUGGGUGCAUCUCACCCCAAAAUCAAAACUGAUUUUUUGCAUAAAUUAAAGAAAGCCCACUUUGGGACCAUUAAAAGUUGUUUUUUUUCGUUUUGUUUUUUGUUUUGUUUUUUUGCAUUAUGGCGUGAUUUCAUUACUGAUAGGCACAUUUAUCACCCAAGUUCUUAUGACUAUUAAAAAAAUAUUAAUCUCACUCUUCUUCUUCAACAGCAAUUUAAAUUAGAUUUGAGUCCUCGCUGUCGAUGAGGUUAAGAUACAGAGAUAAGAAUCAGGUGCAUAAAAAUCUUUGUGGUCCUGAAAUGAGGCUGGACUUUGAUUUUGGGGUUCUAGGUGUGUGUUGAGAUUCACUCGUUGAUGGAUCAGUUUUGGGAGGUGUGUGUGAGCAGUGUUAAACGCUGCUUCCCUUCUCUUCACUGUAUUGGUGCCACACUCGCUCUCGGCCUCUUCGUGCCAUACGCUGACCGUCCUCUGUCCUUGCCCCCUUCAUUCCUGAUGUAUGGAGGACACGGAUCCGGAAGCCUGACAGACGAGCCAGGCUCCAGCUGCUGUGUCGUCAUGCUGAGCUCCGCUGCAUCAUAUAUAUCGCAGGGUGAAUGUUGCUGUAGAAUCCUGCAGAUCUGGAAAGGUUUUCACAGAAUGAGGCAUUGGUUUGCUGAUUGGUUAGUUGUCAUUGAAGCCAGAAUGGUCCCAACUUAAAUAAGCCUCCCAUUAGCAAUGGAGAAACAGUGAAGAUAAAUGCUUUGUGGCCAAUUAGUUUGAAAACGUAUUAGAGAAAGGAACAGUUGGUGUUUCCAGUCACAUUCAGUGUUAUCACUCGCAAAAGACUAAACACACAUAUUCUGCAAACGCAUUCUUCCCAGAUGCUUCUGCCGUUUUAAUGGUUCUCUGAACGAGCUGCUCUGAGCAGGAAGGCUUUAACAGUUUUAAUUGUUCUGAUUUGAAACCAGUUCCAUCUGCUCUGUUGAACUAUUAAACGGGCUUCUACCCAGGAGCCUCGAAAUCAGCUUUUCUUCAAUCUUUCUGUGAGCUCUGCAGCUACUUCCUUCCAGAACACGAUGCAUGUCGACACCUUUCACGGACUGUAUUCCUUGCACACUUUUAUUCAGUAUUGGGUCCAAUACAUGGCAGUUUCAAGUGUUUGAUGGCAGUAGACAAACAGCAUCCCUUAAAAGUGACCUCGACAAUGUAGUUGCAAUGUUUUUUUUUUUUUGUUGUUGAUGUUGUUGUUGUUUUUUUAGAUUUCAUGUUCAGUGCAGUUUGCAUUUAAAAGACAUUCUUGCACAUUGGGAAAUACCUGUGUGCGGUUUAUAGUUACAUAUCAAACACUGAGUUGUUGAUCAUUUCUGGAAUCGGCACGAAGAAUUCAAGUUGAAGAACUUGAAUAGGUUUUAAAUACGGUUCCUCUUUCAUGCAACCAUGUUUUUUUUUGUUUGUUUGUUUGUUUGUUUUUUGCAGAUUCAUAGCCCACUAAACUGAAUUGCCAUGUAUGAACCAAACAUUCACCCUGUUGAAUGCACAGGGCUGAAAUCAUGUUAUUAUAAUAUCUUGCCAAAAUUUCCUGUUUUGGGCGUUCAUAUAUAAAUAUAUAUAUUUCUUCCUUUGCAUUGAUCCAUGUGAUAGAAUAUGUGAAACAAUGGGGAAAAAGAAAAACAAGGCAGCUACUAUAAGAGUGACUACUGUAAAAUGUCUAAUUAAAUAAAGACAAUGGGGGUUGUUUUUA